AUGGCAUUUACCGAUGUGUUCUCAUUUCAAAUCUUUUUUAUAUUCCUUAGGGAAUCUCUAGAAAUUAUUGUUAUUAUUUCCAUUUUGUUGACUAUUGUAAAACAGGGUCUUUCUAUUGAGAAUGAUACAGGUGCAACGGUAGUUACAGGGUCCAGUAACUCUGAAUUAGACAAUAGUCGUCCCUUAUUGGAGGACUCAAAUCAGGAACGUCAAAUUCGUCGUGCUUACACUGUGGAGGAAGAAGAAGAAAUAUUUGAGCAUCCUGAUGUUCUGACCAGCAGCGAAGAAAAUUCACUUGAAACCGUUGACAACCAUAAGUUAUAUAAAAAAUUGAAGACUCAGAUUAUAUCAGGUGGAGCUUUGGGUUUGAUACUGUGUAUGUUUAUUGGUGGUUGUUUCAUUGUAAUUUUCUAUAAUAUCGGUACUGAUUUAUGGAGUGCCAGUGAACAUUAUUACGAAGGUGUAUUAAGUUUGGUAGCUUCUGUCAUAAUCUCUGUAAUGGGUCUGUUCUUUUUAAGAAUGGGUAAAUUAAGAGAAAAAUUUAGAAUUAAAUUGGCGUCUAUUAUUUACUCUGAUAAUGCUAGGAUGCUUCAACAGAAUACUUCUGGUCAAAACCAAACAGUUAAAUUUAGUGAAAAGUAUGCCUUCUUCAUUUUACCUUUUGUCACUGCUUUACGUGAAGGGCUAGAGGCAGUAGUCUUUAUUGGAGGUGUUGGAAUUGACCAACCUUUAUCAUCGAUACCACUUUCAAUGGUUGCAGCUGCAACCACCAGUGGAAUUUUUGGAUAUUUCUUUUUUAGAUACUCUGCUUCUUUAUCACUAAAAAUUUGUUUAGUGGUGGCCACUUGCUUCCUGUACUUAAUAGCGGCAGGUCUGUUUUCAAAGGGGGUAUGGCAAUUAGAGCUUCAGGAUUAUGUAAAUAAAUGUGGUGGACAAGACAUGAGUGAAGUUGGUAAUGGUCCGGGUUCGUACGAUAUUUCAAAAUCUGUAUGGCAUGUAAAUUGUUGUAAUGGUGAGCGUGAUGGUGGUUGGAUGAUUUUAACUGCCAUAUUCGGUUGGACGAACAGUGCAACAUAUGGUUCUGUUAUCUCUUACAAUAUUUAUUGGUUGGUUUUAAUCUUAGUAAUUCAUAUAUUAUUGAUUGAAGAAAAAAAAGGAUACAUUCCAUAUAUUCCGAUCAGAUGGCAAAAAAAGCGUAUUAUGAAAAGACUAAAUAUUGCAAAGGCGUCGUUAGAUCUAAAUAAUAUGAGCUCUAUGAAAACUUCUCCUUCUACUCUGGAUUCUGGGGAAUCUUCUGCUGACCCAAGAGUAUCAAAAGAUAGCACCACCCCAUUGAUUAGCAGACAAGAUACCUGA